AUGGCGCCCGCACAACCCGAGCUCAAGAAGUACCUCGAUAAGCGACUGUUCGUCCAGCUGAACGGCAGCCGGAAGGUCAUCGGCCUGCUGCGUGGUUACGAUGUCUUCCUAAACAUUGUCCUGGAUGACGCAGUGGAGGAGAAAGCCAACGGCGAGAAGGUCAAGAUUGGCAUGAUCGUCAUUCGAGGCAACUCUGUUGUCAUGCUAGAGGCGCUCGAGAGGAUCGGCGGUGACGACAGGAGGUGA